AGCGCGGUGCCGGGCGUCGCCAAGGUGCACGUCAAGACGUUCGGAUGCUCGCACAACCACUCGGACUCCGAGUUCAUGGCCGGGCAGCUCGGCGCGUACGGCUACGACCUCGUCACCGACCCGGACGACGCGGAUGUGUGGGUGGUGAACACGUGCACCGUGAAGAAUCCGAGCCAGAGCGCGAUGAACACCGUCAUCACCAAGGGAAAGGCGCAGGGAAAGAAGUUGGUCAUCGCCGGAUGCGUCCCCCAGGGCGACAAGAAGGCGAAGGAGCUCGAGGACUUAUCCCUCAUCGGCGUGACUCAGAUCGAUCGCAUCGUGGAUGUUGUGGAGCGCACGCUCGCGGGCGACGCCGUGCGGUUGCUGGAGAAGAAACCCCUGCCGUCGCUCGACCUGCCCAAGGUGCGCAGGAACGAGCACGUCGAGAUUUUGCCCCUCUCCACCGGGUGCCUCGGGCAGUGCACCUACUGCAAGACCAAGCACGCGAGGGGCGAGCUGGGGAGCUACUCGCCCGAGGCGCUCGUACAGCGCGUGCAGACCGCGAUCGCGGAGGGCGUCACGGAGAUCUGGCUGUCCUCGGAGGACACCGGCGCGUACGGCAUCGACCUCGGCACGGACAUCACCCGACUGCUCAGAGAUCUCACCGCCGUGCUCCCCACCGACGGCAGCUGCAUGCUGCGUCUGGGCAUGACCAACCCGCCGUACAUCCUCGCGCACUUGGACGCCGUCGCGGAGGCUAUGCACCACCCAAGCGUCUACGCGUUUUUGCACAUUCCCGUGCAGGCGGGCUCGGACGCGGUGCUGGACCGAAUGAAGCGCGAGUACGUUGUCGCCGAGUUUGAAAAAGUCGCCGACACGCUCCUCGCGAAGGUUCCCGGGAUAACCAUCGCCACGGACAUCAUAUGCGGGUUCCCUGGCGAGACGUCCGAGGACUGGGAGAAGACGAUGGCGCUGUGCCGCAAGUACGAGUUCGUCGAGCUGCACCUGAGCCAGUUUUAUCCUCGGCCCGGGACUCCGGCGGCGCGGAUGAAGCGGGUGGACACGAAGGAGGUGAAGCGGCGGUCGCGCGAGCUCACGGCGUACAUAGAGAGCUACAGGCCGCACGAUGCGCUCGUCGGGACCACUCAGAGGGUGUGGGUCACGGACGUGGCCAAGGACAAGGUGUCGUUGGUGGGGCACACUAAAUCCUACGUGCAGGUUCUGUUACCCGGCGGCGAGGCAAACAGGGCGAGGCUGAUGGGUAAGUCGGCCGAGGUUAGAAUAAUCGACGCGCACAGGUGGCACGUCACCGGGGAGGUCAUCGAG